GACGAAGAGAUGCAUCUCUCUCUGUGCCAACAGACGCAGACAUCAAUAAGUCACAGCAGGUUUCUGGCAAAUUUCUCCCUAUAUAAACCUCAUAAACACUGAAUCUUCAAAUCACAGCAAAACAGAAAUACAAUUCCUAUCUUCCUCUUUGCCUAUAACCAUCCAUCAGUGUAAAAUGCCGACCACCAUGGAAGAUGCCACUUCCAAGAUUGAGGCAGUUGAAAUCGACCCCAAGAGCGGUCUUGCUUUAAAGUCAACAAUGGACAAGGAGAAGGCAAGCGAAGGUGAACCAAAGACUACAGAAACAACACAAGAGAAGCCUAAUGGAGCCAAAAGUGAAGUGGAAAAGAACGGGAAAAGUGAUCCGGAGAAAGAACCUAAUGGUGCUACUUUCAAAGAGGAGGAAGUUCCAGUCGAGGUUGAGCCUAAAACUGGAAUCUCUUUUGCUGUCAGACUUGAAGAUGGGAAGCAGUUGAAAGCUAUAGGUUUAAGGAAGAAGAGCAUGCUUGGCAUGGGCAUUAAAAUCUAUGGCUUUGGAAUAUAUGCAGACAAUGAGAAAUUGAAAGACCUUAUGCAGUCCAAGAUAGGGAAAGCACCAUCAAAACAAACAAAGGAAAUGUUCCAAAUGGUGAUUGAUAGUGAUUUAGGAAUGAUGGCGCGGUUGGUAAUUGUUUUCUCUAACCUGACCAUGAGCAUGGUAAGAAAGAACUUUGACGAAGGCCUCGGAGCUGCCAUAAAGAAACUCACUGGUGGGAAGAACGAUGAGCUCACAAAGAAGAUCAUGGGUGAAGCAUCUGAUGACAUAAAGCUGACUUCUGGUUCUGUAAUUGAGAUUUCACGACUCCCAGGAUAUGUUCUUCAGACCAAAGUAAAGGGUGAGAUUGUGAGCAAGGUGGAAAGUGAACUGCUCUGCAGGGCCUUCAUCUACAUGUAUUUAGGUGAUGAUCCCUUUGACAAAGAAGCCAAGGAGAAGUUCGGGGCAUCCAUGCUCUCUCUGUUCUAAGUAGUGGGUUUCCAGCAAUUUCUAGGUUGUUAAGGAAUAAGCUGGUGAAUUUGGACUGAUGAAUAAUUGCUCAAUAAGAGAAUGAUCACAACAUGGUUGAUUUUUCAUAGUGCAGUAUUUCAUAAUUUAUUAUGCAAUCUUCGAAACUCCUCCCCACACCCCCCCCCCCCCGGGGAAAACCACCCCCCCUCUCUCUCUCUCAACUCUUACAUUAUGUAUGCAUGCGUUGUGUAUUUAUAUUCUAUAUGCUAUAUCUUCUGCUAUUCAAAUUAGUCAUCCAUCGAACUAUUGCAACACUAAGAAGGGAUUUUCCGGACUCAGGAAAGUUUAUGCUAUGUAAAAUUGAAAACAUAUAAGAUAUCUCACAGUUGGAGAAAAGAAGCAGUGGAAGUUCAGCAAACGAUCUGCAACAGCAAUUAUGUGCUCAUAAAAUAGAUCCAUAAUGUUAAAGUUAACCCUUCAGAAACUGACAAACUAAACAUGAAUAUGUGUUUGUGGAAUAGCAAAAGGCGCAUAUAGUAUACAUAAAUAAACUCUUAGAUAUAGCACCUCAAUCACACCAUGGAUGAGAUUAGGUAAGGCCAUAAAGAACUCUCCUAGGGUCCAAUUGCCCACUGCAGUAACUUGACGAUACAGUAGAAAGCUCUUGCCGCCCCUUCCACUCCUCAGAGGGUUUUAAGAUAAUCGGAGUUUCAACAGCAGCAGAAUCCACACAUAGCAUCUUCUUGUAAUCUUCAUCACCUAAAUCGGGGAGAGACUUGGCCUUUUUGUCCCAAGGAUUCCAAACAA